AUGGCUGAAGGUGUGCUCUUCAAUGUUGCGGAGGAAAUAAUAAAGAAAGUGGGCUCCCUAGCUGCUCAGGAGGUUGCUCUCAGGUUUGGUGUCAACGAUCAGCUACGCAAGCUCGAGGGCACACGGAAACAGUUGGUGUGUGGGAACAAAGUAUCGAGGGAGGUACGGGUUUUCUUCUCAAAAUCAAACCAAUUUGUUUAUGGUUUGGGGAUGGGUCAUAAAGUUAAAGCACUUAGGGAGAGACUAGCUGACAUCGAUGCUGACAGUAAACAAUUCAACUUUGAGGUUCGUGAUGAGGAGAAAGCUUCUUUGAACACGGUCAGGGAGCAAACUACAUCCUCUGAACCUGAAGUUAUAGUUGGGAGAGAAGGUGAUAAAGUGGCACUUAAAACUUUUUUGCUGAAUUCCAACUAUGAACAGAAUGUUUCUGUCAUCUCAAUAGUUGGAAUAGGUGAAGAUACACAAGCAUGCAUGAUUUCUUUUGGUUGGUUAUCUGUUUUUGCUCUAACCAAGGCAAGCUCCAUUGACUCAGCCUCAGACAGUAGAAUCAUCUACGAAAACAUUCGUGUGCGGAAAGGAUCAUGCACGUCAAACCUAGAUGGGGAUGAUGGGAAUAAGCUUAACCGCAUUCUUCAGCUCACAGGAUUUAGUGACCUUGUUUACACUGAAGCUUACUUGACUGUUUAUCCCUAUGACACUGUACUUAACGUCACAGCGAUCAACAGGACAACAGACACCCUCCAGAAUUUGUGCUUGGAACUUGCCACAGUGGGUGAUCAGAAACUGGUGGAGCGGCCACAGAACAACACCCUGGCUCCAGAAUCUAGUAGGCAGAUAAAGGCCAACAUCAAGGUGUCCUCAACGGAGACUCUGUGA